UUCUCCUUUGGUCGUCAGCUCCGAGUGUACCUACUUUGUUUUGUUAAAAUGAAACUGUUCAUCAUAGCCGCCCUGGUCGCAGUCAGCGCAGCAGCUCGUUUGGAACACCUGGAGCGGUCCUACCUCCCCCCGGACCAGUCGGGAGCAGGGUCUAACAGCUUCGGAUCCGCUGGUGCUUUCGGAAGCCAGGGUGCAUCUGGAAGCCAGGGAGCUUUCGGAAGCCAAGGAGCCUUUGGAAGCCAGGGUGCCUCCGGUAGCCAGGGUGCUUUCGGAAGCCAAGGUGCUGAUGCCUUUGGAGCUGCUACUUCUAACCAGUACCUGCCCCCUAACCAUGGACCUUCUGCUGGAAACGGUCAGAACGGAUUCGGCGCUAACAAGCAAGGUUUCCAACGCAGCCAAGGUCAGGGUUCCUCCCAGUUCGGUUCACAAUUCGGAUCAUCCCAGCCCAGCAACCAAUACGGUGCUCCCAGCCGCUUCGGCCAGCCCCAAGGUCAGGGUCAAAGCCAGGGUCAAAACCAGUUUGGGGCAGCCAGCGCCGCCAGCCGUCAGUACCUGGCGCCUAAAGCUUCAAACUUCGACAAUAUCCCACAGCAAGCCUUCGAUGAGAAGACAGGAUACCAGAACGACUUGUACCGGCUCCGACGAUGUUAUGUCGGAGGUAUAAAUGCACCAAAUGUAAUUUUUACAUCCAUAAUAGCGCUAAGCUCAGCCGCUCAGCUCCCAAACAGUUAUCUCCCACCAAACCAGGGUUACCAACAGGGGUCAUUCCAGGGUCAAAGCUCCAGUUUCCAGGGAUCCCAGAAUCAGUUCAGUUCAGGUGGAACGGGAAACAGACGACCCCAGCAAGAACAGGAGAAGAACGCACAGAUUAUAAAACAGGAACAAGAGAUUAAUGAAAAUGGAUUCCAUUACAGUUACGAAACGUCCAACGGAAUCCGAGCCGAGGAGGCUGGUAACGCGGCUCAAACUCAAGGCGGUUUCUCAUACCAGGGCGACGAUGGUAAUACGUACACUGUCACCUUCACUGCUGGAGAAGGUGGUUUCCAACCCCAGGGUGCCCAUCUGCCUGUAGCCCCACCGAUACCACCAGAAAUCCUGGCUGGUCUUCAGCAGAAUGAGAAGGAUGAGGCCGCUGGUAUUUUUGAUGAUGGUAAUUACCGACCUGAUGCUCAUGGUGGAGGAAACAGACCUGGCAGUGGCAUCUCCUCAUCAUCCAACCAAAACUUCGGGUCAUCAGGUCAUCAAAAUAGUUUCAGUUCAAACGCUGGCUACAAGUAUUAA